CAUAAACCAAAAUGGAGGCCAUAACGUUGUAAGCGUCUUUUUUAUUAUUAUUAUUAUGGUUCAGCCGUACUUGAAAUAACGCCAUGCAUUUUACCUUUGAACGAGGGAAUGCCACUAAAUUUGACCUGUGUUUUAAGAAGUGGGACAGUUGAAGGUUCUGUCAGCUUUGUGAGACAUAAGCAACCCAGAGUGCAGUGUGCUGCGGAUUUCGGCCAGUGCCACCCACUGGAGCCAGGCUACGAGGUCUAUGGAAUUGAUGGCAAGUCUGCCGUGAUGGUCAUUACAAACUUUACCACCAGUAAAGAUGCUGCAGUGUGGACUUGUAUUGACGGGUCACCUCCACCGACAGUACCAGGUUGUAACAUUUCUAUAGCACUACCAGAAACUAAUACUGAUAGUCCAGAACAUAGCGGGUCUGCCCUAAGUCCAGGUAUUAUAGCGGGAAUUGUGAUCGGUCUUCUACUUGUUGUAACAAUCUCUGUGGGCUGGAUACUUUACAAGAGGAAAAUUAAAAAAGAAGGUGGUGCCAGACAGAACGAAGAAACUAACCCAAACGAAAAUGAGGUUGACAAGCCCACCUUCACGAAUAUCCCCAACACGGAAGACGAAAUGAAGAUAUAAACCCUACUUCAUAGUUUCUCUUUUCGUAUGAAACCUUAUCACUUAACAAGCUUAGAUUAAAUUAACAUGGUUUUCGA